AUGAGCUCGACCCAUCCAUCGUUUGGUCAUCUUCCCUCGUCAUCUCCAACAACAACGGGAAGUGGUGGAUCAUCAUCAUCGGGACAUCAAAAAACAGGUGUUGCGAGCGGUGUAGGAUUGGCAGGUUUAAUGACCAAUGGAUUGAAUGCAUUCAAUGUCGUUGCAAGUAGCAACAAUGUUGGAGUGGGACCAAUGAUCUCAUCAUCGGCAUCCUCUUCAUCUCUCAAUCAUCCUUCAGCAACUCCCUCUUCCCAACAUCAUCUGCGCAAUAAUAACAAUUCUUUAAGUGGCGGUUUGAAUUUAAUUUCUUCUUCCUCGCAAUUGUCAGUUGAUCAUCAUCAUCAAUCCAUGCGUAAUAAUAAUAAUAGUGGAACUAAUCAUUUGGUUGGAGCACUUGCAAAUAAUAAUCUUCUCUCGUUCAAUAAUGUUCAUGGACAGAUACCGCCUCCUUCCACUUCAUCGGCAGCAAAUCUCACGACAACAACAACGGGAUCUUUAGCCGGAAAACUCAACACGAUCAUUUCAUCAAAAGGAAGUAUCAGUCAUUUAGAAUUGCCAAUCAAUGAAUUUUCGUCGUCUGCUCCUGGUCAUUCUGAUCUCUUUGACAAUCCUUUAACAAAUCAUUUGCCACUACCUGCCAAGAUGAAUAACAGUCAAAAUAAUGAUGAAGAUGCUGGUUUCGAUCCUCAACCUGCCGACAACAAUGGCAAGAACAAUAGCAAAUCCUCUCUCCAAAAAGAAAUUACCAAUGUCACUAAGAGACCAAGACGAGUGGCCAAGUUGGCUUGUGUGAGUUGUAGAAAAGCUCACGCUUGUUGCGAGGAUAAGCGACCGUGUUCUCGAUGCAUCUCUCACGGCUUGGAGUGUCAAGAUCAAGUGGGAAAAAAAAGGGGCAGAAAAAAGAAGGCUGGCUCCGAUAAUGAGGAACAGAACAAAGAUGAUCACGACAAUACUGAAAAUUCUAACACUUUCUCGCAUCAAACAGGUAGUGCAUCUGCCUCUGCAUCAGAAGAAAAAAAGAAAAAAAAGCGAGGAAAAUCUUCUAAAAAGACAAAAGGAGAGAUCAAAACGGAGGAGAUCAAAAACGAGCAACACUCGUCAUCCUCAUCUUCACAAAAUCAAAAACAAACUAGUAAUCAAUUCGGACAGCCUAAUAAUAAUAAUAGCAUGACUCUUCAAGUUACUGAUUCUGAAUUGAAAACACCUGGAGCUAUGCUGACAUGCAAUACUGGAAAUUCAGUAAUUUUCCCUAAUGGUGACAAUCAUGCCUUAUCUGUUCCUUUACUCUUGAAUCAACCUCCUGAAAUUCAACAAUUAACUCAAAUUUUGAUGAGAACCCCUGUAGAUACUUUCUUUCUUCACUGCAAUAAUUUAAAUACUGCAUACGACUACCAGAAUAAUCAAAGUUUAUUUGGAACCCCCUACUCACUUCACCUUGACGAUAAUUCUCUAGCCAAUUACAACAACAACAACAGCACCAUUCACAUCAAUUCUAAAUCAAAUUUAACUCCCAAUCAGCUAGUUUCACCAGGAGGUGCAUCAUCUCCUUUUAUUGAUUUUACAAGUGAUGAUUUUUUACGAUUUUCUCCUCAAAGUCCAUUAUUUGCUUCUUUGGUAGAAAUGAAUGACAUGGAAGUGAAUGAUGAAGUUCAGCAAGCCACUUCAUCAGACACGUCAACACUACUGAAUGAUAUUAACAAAGAUCCAAAUUUUGCUUCUAACGCUUCAUCAUCUUCAGAAAAUCAAUAUUCAAAAUCCAACAUUUCCAUAAGCGAACAAAAUCAUAAUGGAGGAUCUUUGAUUGCUGAAAGUAGUAGUAGUGAGGACGACGUUCAAAUUGAAGAUUAUCCUACCGAACACACUACACAGACGUCACCAUCACAACAAUCACCAAAAGAGGACGAUAUGUUUGAGAGAUUGAAAAAGAUGAGCAAUGAAGAAUUGAUUAAAUGUUUGCAAAUUGGAGAGGAUACAAAGAAGAUGAUUGAAGAUUCAAUUAGUCAUUUGAAGGCAUUUGACUCCAAUCCAGAGGCAGCAAAUAUGACAUAUAUUGAAUAUUUGACUCAGAACUUCCCGAUUUCAUUACUAUUGAAGCACAAAUUGAGCGAAUCAGCGAAAAGACUGAUGGCAGGAUGUGAACCAACAAAUGCUUCCAGUGAAAAAGAAAUUGAAAUUUUGAGGGAAGAAAAUAAGAGGCUCAAAGAAGAAAAUUUAAGGAAAGCAAACGAGUCAGCAAUGCUGUCAGCUAUUAAUGAAAAUUUGAGAAAUAGAUUCUCCGAAUUGGCAUCAAAAGGAAUCAUAAAGAUGCAAUAUGACGAACCUCCAACUUAUGGAGCAAACAACAAACCAACAGCAAUACAAAAUUCAUAUCAAGAAUUAGUUAUGCUGAUGGAAAAUAAGCAAGAAAUGGAUUCUUCAGAUUUUGGAAUAAUGAUCAUGUUUCCAGGUGGUCGUUUAGUGAGUUUGAACAAAACACUACUCACUAAACUUAAUUAUGAUCCGGCUGAUUUGUACGAUAAUUUGGAACGAUGGGAAGAUGUGGUGCAUCCAGAGUCGUAUCCACAAAUUAUUGCUCAUGUGUCACGCGUACUCAAGACGCCACCUGCACCAAGAAAAUCAUUCAAGUGUAAAGUUUUAUGUAGAAAGAAGGGCGGAGGAACGGUAUCUGCUGAACUUUAUUUGUGUAUCGUGGGAGGAAAAUUCUCAUACAUACCAGUAUUUGCGAUUGGAUAUUUCUUAUUUGACGACUCAAAACCAAACCAAUAA